AUGCUCGCCCUGGCUCCGAUGACCAACGGCCAAUGCACUUUAGCCUCGCAAGCGGCUUGCGGCUUCGGAAGCACCGAGCUGGCCGACUACUGCAUUUGCGCCAGGUCUCGAGUCGAUGUGCGCGGCUCAGUCUGGCAUGCCUUGCCCACACGCGCGGACCAUUGUGCAAGACGCGCAUACUCCCUCGACCCUUUCGCGACGUUCGCUGCUGCCUCGAUCGACUACGCCUUCCCUGACGAGGAGAAGGCGGCAUGCAAGUGGAUGAACGUCUUCUUCCAUCAUGCCUUCCAUGCCUUCAUAAGCUCGAACCCUUCGGCUAAGCUCAAGUCGUCCUUCCCUCGAGCCUUGCCCCUAGCCACCUCGGCCAGCCUCUUCUCGGAAGCCUCCAGGCGCAGCACAUUCGCGUGGCUCGAGACCUCGCUCUUUCGAGCUCGCUCCCCUCAUUUCUCGCCAAUAGCCAGCCGCAAACAAAUCAGGCGCAUACGAGGUCAGGGCUCUGCAUCCUCGCAAAGCUCGCUGCCUGACACUCACACACCUCCCUCUCGGUGCGGAAUCGUCUUCGACCAAGGGAGGCGCUCGGCAACCAAACCUGCAGGCUCGACCCCUUUUGGCCAUAUUACCGUCUCGUCAUCCAUGGUCACCCAUGCACCUCGACUAGGCAGCAUGGCCAGUUCCUGA